GAGGAAGUUGCAAAAAAAUAAAGCUCGUGAUUAAUGUAAACAACGGUGUUUGUCGACAAAUGCAAGAAACCUAAAGACAAUUGUGGAGAGGCACAUAGUAACCCAUUAUUGGAAUAACCAAUGAAGUGUAUAAAAACCAUUUAAUAUGGGGAAAGAAGUGCCGCUACGAUUUUUUAUCAAGUGAAGUCUAUUUCUCGGCUGCUCCAUCAAUAGUUGACAAAAUUAGCAUCUACCUACUCAGAAUGGAGAUACUAUCUUGGGACCACUGGAAGAGUGAGCUGAAAGAGUUUGUGGAUGGUUUCAUCACAUCAGAGGGUCUCCAAGCACAGACUGUGGUGGAUGUGGCUCAGAAACGGCACCUACCUGGGAAAUGGGACCUGAGUCUGAUGUUUGUGCCAUUUGUUGGGUCUCCACAGAUAUCUGAAGAUGAUCUGGACCAGCUAUGUGAGCUUCUACCCAAGGUAUCCAGAGACUGGAGAUACCAAAUAGAAUCGGCUGAGAGGGAGUCCAAAAGGAUCAUGCUGACCAUGGCAAGGCUUGGUGUGUCCAUUGGAGCAAUUCAGACUGUUGCCAUGCUUCCAUCAGAUAAAAGAAGAAGACAGCCGGUCACGUUGCAUCUGGACCUGAAUCUGCCCCCGGGCGGCCCGGACGUCACCCUCACAGCCGAGCGACAGCUGAUCGCGCGUGACGUCACCGACCGACUGCUGCGCUGGGCGGGAUAUGACGUCACCCACUCGGACGGCGACUGUCCGCCGGCCUCCGACGGUGCUCCUCUAGUUUGUGUGACGGCCCACCCGCGGCUGCCGUUGUCCGGAGAGAGGGGUGAUGGUGACGGGAGUGGCGUACAGACGGAGAGAGGGGAGGAGAAGAGGAGAGCGGCGCGGCUGGUGGUGGAGCCGGUGGUCAGCGCGGAGACGGGCAGGAAGGAGCUAGAGCUGACUGCCGCCGAGCUGCGCAGACGGCGUUGCGCGGCGCUGCUGUCGGCCGGCCGGAGCCGGGAGCGGGGCUGCUCGCCGGAGCGCGCCGCCCGGCUAGCCGCCGCCUCUGUGGCCCACCAGCUGCUCCAGGUGUCCGUGGGCUCUCCGUGCCGGGUGGCCACCGGUCCGGUCUGUGGCGAGCGACCAGCCGACGGAGCCCUGUUCGCGCUCUAUAACGGCGCUCGGCUGCGCGCGCUGCUGGCAGGCUUUGAGGAGCGCGUGGCGGCCGGCGAGUACCCGCCGCUGCCCCCGGUGGCGCAGCUCGGACACAAGUUCAGCGCUCUCAGCACGGAGGACGAGUGGGAGCUGGUGUGGCGCCACCUACUGCCGUUCCCCGGCCUCGUCCAGGCGUGUGCCGAGGCGUCGCUGGCCGGCCGACCGGCCCUGCAUCGCCUCUGCUCUGGUCUGGAGGCUCUCAGUCACACCUUCAGUCGCUACUACAGUCGUACCCACGUUCUUACGCCGCCUCUGGAGCACCUGAUGGACACGCUGCACGUGCGCAUCCACCUGCUGAAGGCGGCGCAGAUCGUCUUCGACACCUACUUCGAGCUACUGGGCUACGAGCCCCUGGAGCGGAUGUAGAUGAGGUCACCUCUCAGAGUCAAGAUGCCGUGGUGGCAGGCAGCACCACGCGUUGAUGUAGCGGCAGAAGAAUCGUUUCACGGGACCAAGCGGCUGUGGUGAGUUGUGAUAUGAUUUGUUAUCAGGGAUGUGGUUUCUAGAGUUCACGUUUUCUUGUUGGUACGUUUAGUGUUCAUAAUCAGGAUGGUUUUGAAUUUGUUACCUUUUUGAUCUCCGUACUCGUUCAUCGCGGUUCAUGCUGCCUUCGAACGAGUUGACGGAAGCCAGGUAUGCAUUAUCAAUGCAUUUUUGUUGCGUUUGCACCUACAUUUCAUUCUUAGACUGGAUGUGGGCACGUUUGCUCAAACCGUUACGAUCAUUAAUCUAGUCCGGAAGAGGCGUCUCACCGUGGGUUUUGUGUCAGGUUUACUCAGAUCUUCACCACGCUCAGCGUUUCGCCAAAGGCGAGGUGGCGCAAGUGCAUUAUCGGAAUGUGCGACUAGAAGUGCGGAUAUGCGUUGGUACCGCGGGAUGGACAAGGAUCUGCGUUUCAGUUGUGGGUUUGCGGUGCUGGUGACCGCAGCAAGUCUGGUUUGUUUCAACGUGUUAUUAUGGCAAGUGCAGCUGAUGCUGGCGCCUGUUUCCGUCACUUUUUUACUCGUGUGAACUGAGUGUUACGGAGUACAGAAUUUGUGUGAUUCUGCAAUACAGAGUCGUUAUGUA